AUGGGCGUUGAACGACUGCGCGGUCGCAAGACCGACCAUCUGGUCGACGAUCUGCGCCCCGUCGACGUCGCACAGAAUGGCGACAAUCCGACGCCGACCGACAGCGACGCGGACUUUCUGGCUCAGGCAAACAAGGAGGCUGAAGUGCAUCCGAACCAGAUCACCACGGGGGCCUCGCUGGGAGUGCAAAAGGCCGAGGCGGCGGCCUUGGUCUGGACGAAGAAGGCCAUCUAUCUGACCUACGCUUGGAUCUGGGUCUGUUACUUUAUGCUGGCGCUGCACUCGUCCAUCGGGUCCAACGCGACCGCGUACGCCUACUCCAAGUUCUCGAGCGCCCCCGCCAUCACCACCGCCUAUAUCCUGGCUACGAUCGUGGGCGGCGUGCUCAAGCUGCCCAUGGGCCGUCUGUUGACCAUCUGGGGCCGGACCGAGGGGCUGGCCUUCUUCGUGGCCAUCUACGUGCUGGGCAUCAUCAUCCUGGCUGCCUGCACGGGGCCCAACAGCUUUGCGGCCGGCUACGUGCUGUACUGGGUCGGCUACGACGCCAUCUACAUCAUCCUGGACAUCUUCAUUGCGGACAUGACGGGCCUGCGCAACCGGGCGUUUGCGUUUGCCUUUGCCUCGACCCCGUUCAUCAUCACGGCCUUUACGGGCUCGCUGGCCGCCGACGCCUUCAUCUCCACCGCCAACUGGCGCUGGGCCUACGGCGCCUUUGCCAUCAUCCAGCCCGUCGUCUUCGCCCCGCUGAUGGUCGUCUUCAAGUACUACGAGCGCAAGGCGUACCGGCAGGGCCUGCUGGUGCGUGAGGACAGCGGCCGCACCCCGCUGCAGAGCCUGGUCCACUACUUCCACGAGUUCGACAUCGUCGGCGCCGCCAUCCUCAUGGCCGCCUUCAUCCUCUUCCUGCUGCCCUUCAGCAUGGCCCAGUACGGCCGCACCGAGUACCACAAGCCCGCCUUCAUCGCCCAGGUCGUCGUCGGCUUCUGUCUCUUCUUCGUCUUUGCCGCCUGGGAGAAGUGGUGUGCCCGCGUGCACUUCAUCCCCUACCGCCUGCUGCGCAACCGCACCGUGCUGGGCGCCUGUCUGCUGGCGGCCGCCGUCUACUUCAGCUUCUACUGCUGGGACAGCUACUUCUACUACUUUGUCAUGGUCGUCUACAACCUCAACAUCACGCACACGGGCUACAUGGACUCCAUCUACACCGUCGGCUCCUGCGUCUUCUCCCCCAUCUUUGGCAUCUGGGUGCGUCUCGUCCGCGAGUUCAAGUACUCCUGUCUCUUCUUCGCGCUGCCGCUCAUGUUCCUCGGCGCCGGGCUCAUGAUCCAUUUCCGCGGCGGUGACGGCGACAUCGGCUACAUCAUCAUGUGUCAGAUCUUCAUCGCCUUCGCCGGCGGCAUGCUCGUCAUCUCCAUGCAGAUGGCCGUCAUGUGUGCCUCGGACCGUGACGACCUCCCCAUGAUGCUCGCCAUCGUUUCCCUGUUCAACAAUAUCGGCGGCUCCAUCGGCUACGCCGUCUCGGCCUCCAUCUACACCAACACCUUCCCCAGCGCCCUGCGCCAUCACCUGCCUGCUUCGGCCAAAGAUGACUGGGAAGCCAUCUAUAUCGGCGGCUACCUCUCGCAGCUGGAAUACGCGCCGGGCACGGAGAUCCGUACGGCCAUCAACACCGCCUGGGGGGAGAGCCAGAAGUAUGAAAGCAUCGCCGCCACCUGCGUCCUCGUCCUGACCAUUCCUGCCGUUCUGUUAUGGAAGCACUACCGCGUCGACGCCAAGCAGAACAAGGGGACCAUGCUGUAG